AUGCAAGCCAUCAACCGUUUCAUCUCCGUCACACGGAGACUUACCGCCGAACAAAAUCGCCUCCAUUUCGCACCUUCGAGAACAUUCUCAACCACAACUCCGGGAGGAGGAUCCCUCGACGACGCGAAUUGGGAAACGCCUUCCACAUGGUCAACAGGCCUAACAAAGGACCACUUCAACGGCGAAGCGAAUCCUCAAACAACUCUUUCGGAUCUCCAAGAGAUGGAAGACAAGCUUCAGGAGUUGGAAGAAGAGAAUCGGAAGAGCAAAUCUUAUGUUGAUAGUUGGAAGAAACGAAUGGCGGAUACGUGUGUGUUGUUGAAACAGGUUCGUGAACCUGGUGCCAGAGGAUCGUAUUUGAAGGAUAGUGAGAAAGCUGAAAUGUAUCGUUUGCACAAAAAGGAUCCCGAGGUUUAUACUGUUGAGAAGCUUGCUAAGGAUUAUAGGAUUAUGAGACAGAGGGUUCAUGCCAUUCUUUGGCUUAAGCAGCUUGAAGAAGAAGAAGAGAAGAAGCUAGGUCACCGUCUUGAUGAUUCCGUUGAGCUCUUGCUCGACACUUUUCCUGAAUUUUUUAUUUCCCAUGAUAGGGAGUUCCAUGUAGCGUCUCUUCCUUAUAAACCUGACUUCAAGGUGAUGCCUGAGGGGUGGGAUGGCAUUACUAAAGAUUUGGAUGAAGUUCAUUAUGAAAUCUCCAAAAAGGAGGAUGAUAUGCUUUAUCGAGAUUUUGUUGAAAAGAUGAACUUCAACAAGAAGAAAAUGGCUGGAGAGGUGAAAUGCCACAAGUAUAGUCGACGACGCCCUGAAAAUGGAUGGACUUUUACUGUGGAAAAAAUGGGAGCCCGGGGGAAGCGAGGAGGUGACGGGGGCUGGAAAUUUGCUAGCAUGCCCGAUGGAUCAACCCGACCACUGAAUGAUAUUGAGAAAAUGUAUGUGAAGCGAGAGACUCCACGCCCGCGACGCAGGAUCCUUCCCUGA